AUGAAUGGAGCCAUAGAAGCUGCCAACAAGAGCAUCAAAAGGAUUUUGAGGAAGAUGGUCGACAACUACAAGAAUUGGCACGAACAGCUACCUUAUGCUCUGUUGGGAUAUAGAACGACAAACCGAACUUCCACCGGAGCAACUCCAUACCUCCUCGUUUAUGGAACGGAAGCGGUCAUAUCCGCAGAAGUAGAAAUCCCUUCACUCAGGAUUAUCCAAGAGGCAGAACUGAAGGAUGCAGAAUGGGUCAAGAACCGCUAUGAACAAUUAGCCAUGAUAGAGGAAAAACGAAUGGUGGAAGUCUACCACAGACAGCUGUACAGACAAAGAAUGUCUAAGGCCUUCAACAAGGUGUUAGAACUCGACUUUUCCAGAUCGGACAACUCGUGCUCAAGCGAGUUAUCCCUCACCAAGAGGAAUAUAAAGGGAAGUUCACGCCGAAUUGGCAGGGACCAUACAUGGUCAGGAAAGUACUCUCAGAAGGAGCUGUGGUCUUAG